CAACAUUUUUGGACCUAGAGAUGUUUCGCUGGGCAUCAGCUGAACUCGACUCGAGACUCUAGUUGCUUGCCAGCCACAGUCUCGGAUAGUACGACGACAACAUGUCUGCGAAUUUGUUCAGCUUGUUUAUUAUCAUUCUCAUUGCCAACGCGGUGCUGACGGCUGUGUUGCCUCGACUUCAAGAUGAACACGUUCGGUUGGAGCCAACCGAUGACAACAAAUACUCCUACACCUUGAGAAUCGAGCAUCCGGAUGGCGCAGUACGUGAGGAAACUGUGCAGGAGAUCGACACUGGAGAGCCGCUUGUGAAUGGCGUAUUCAGACAGGACUUUGAGGCGGAUGACAAUGAUUUGAAGAGAGUGCUCGUGAUUACCUAUGAGGCGGGACCCAAUGGUUAUGUGGCCAAAGUCCGCUUAGUGUUGGAGAAACGUGAACCCGUAAUUCUCGGACUGAGCCCCAACGCACUGAAAUCAGCAGCGGGUUAGCGGAAUAUUAAAUUUGACCUCGCUUAGCGGCAGCAAUGAAAUUGAAAAUAGGUUGUUGCUUCUUUUGACCUAUUUCCUCGUCAGUUUUGCAGCCGUUAAGCGAGCUAUAAUUGUAAUCAAAUUAAGUUUUAGUUUAGUACACUAAGCUUGUGGUGUUAUUGAUUGCUGAUAAUAGAUUUAAAGCCAGCUGGCGCUGC